CAUCCCAGCUGAGGACAUCGAAGCUCCUGCUACACCUCAAGCUGCCCCAGAUCCACAACCUGCCAAAAGGGCGAAUGCCUAGCUCAUGACGGCCGCGAAGAAGCCCAAGCCCGCAGCACCCGUCGCCGCGCAGGCACCACCCAAACGCCAUGCAUUCGACCCCCGACACGGCCUGGGCGUUUACAUCGAGCACCCGGAGAAGAAUCCAGAGGGGUUAGUGGUGGAAUACGACGACGAUUGGGUUGUGAUACGCGACAAGUAUCCGAAAGCGAGUGUACACCUCCUCCUCAUCCCCCGCGACCCCGAAAUCUACAGCGAACACCCUCUUCACGCGCUGUCCAAACGUCCCGAACUCCUCGCCGAUGCCCACAAACGCGUAGACCGCCUCAAGCGCUUCGUCGCGAGCGACCUCCGCCGAAUGUACGGCAAGACCUCCGCGGCAGACCAGCCGUACCAGACAGCAUUGGAGGAGCUCAUGACAAGCGACAAGACGCCGCCUCCGGCCAGCGAGCGCAGCGAGCGCGACGAGCAGCUCCCCGCAGGUCGGGACUGGAUGUCGGAGGUGGUUGCGGGUGUGCACACGCACCCGUCGAUGAAUCAUAUGCAUAUCCACAUUCUGUCACGGGAGAGCCACUCUCCGUGCUUGAAGCAUAAGAAGCAUUAUCUCAGCUUUCAUUCGAGUUUCUUUGUGGGGUUAGACGAGUUGCCGUUGGAUGAGGAGAGGGAUAGGAAGAGGUUUCAUCCGGGGGACUGGCCGCAGUGGGAUAUGCUGUGCUGGCGGUGUGGAAAGAACUUUGGGCAGAAGUUCGCGGCGCUGAAGAGGCAUAUAGAGGAGGAGUUCGAGGAGUGGAAACGAGAGUGACUUACAACGUGAGUGGGUUGCCAUGAUUACGAGCUGUUGUCAGUGAUACCGUUAGCUACUAAUUUAGAACGGAGACGACACUAUUGGAGCUGAAAUGGCAGACGGGAUUCCUCCCAGCUAUACCAAAGCAGAUAUAUUAAUGUGAACCUAUCGACUCCAAUGGUACACUUGAU